CAAAAAUCAAGCUUAGUUCAAGGUUUUGGUUUCAGGGUUACUGAAAUGGAAGGUGGAAGGUCUGAGGGUUCGAAAUAUGAGUGCUUGCUUUUUGAUAUGGAUGACACUUUAUACCCUUUGAGUUUGGGGAUCAAUUUUGCAUGUCGCAAGAAUAUACAAGAUUAUAUGCUCCAUCACAUGCAUAUUGAAGAAAGUGAGGUCCCUAGGCUUUGCUUAGAUCUGUACAAAGAGUAUGGCACAACAAUGGCUGGCCUUAAGGUGAUGGGCUACGAAUUUGACAAUGAUGAGUUCCAUGCUUAUGUUCAUGGAAGAUUGCCAUAUGAUUUGCUAAAGCCUGAUCCAGUGCUACGCAAUCUCCUCCAUUCCAUGCCCCAACAGAAAAUAAUCUUCACGAAUGGAGACGAAGCACACGUGGCUCAAGUGCUUGGUAGGAUGGGGUUGGAAGAUUGCUUCAAUGGUGUCAUAUGCUUCGAAACUCUUAAUCCUCCCUCGACUGAAACCAUGCAAAAUGGGAACUCUACUCAAAUCCUGUGCAAGCCUUCUGUGGAAGCAAUGGAAGCUGCCAUUCGAAUAGCAAAUGUUGAUCCAAAGAAAACAAUAUUCUUCGAUGAUAGCGUUCGUAACAUUGCAAGUGGUAAAGCAGCAGGACUCCACACUGUAGUUGUGGGAAGAUCCAGUCUAGUGCCAGGUGCAGAUCAUGCUUUGAGCAGCAUACACAAUAUGAAAGAAGCAUUGCCUGAGAUAUGGGAAGAUGAAGUCGAGCAUUUGGAGCAAGUCAUCCAAUCUUCUGCAGUGGAAACUGUGGUCUUAGCAUAGACCAAUUAUUAAUAUGUACAAUAACAAUAAAAAUAA